GAAAUAUUAGAUCUUUAAGAUAAAAAUUAAUUUAAAAGUCUUAGAAAAUUGUCUUUUGUAUGAACUCAUAAUUAUUCUUCAGUAUCGACAUGUCUAAAAAGUGUUUUGUUAUUUUAUUGGCUUGCAUCGUUCAGGGUGCAUUCAGCCAAUCCAUUUAUGGAAACGGCCAAAUAAGUAAUGGCGUUGGAUUCAACAAUCUAGCAACGAGCAGUCUUGCAGCCAACAACAUGGCUAAUGGAUGGCCAAAUAACCUGGCUAAUAAUAAUAUAGCCAACAAUUUAGGCAACACAUUCACAGCCAACACAAUUGGUGGAUAUCCGUUUGCUGGAAAUAUUAUGGCUGGCAAUGGACUAGCUGGCAACAUGGUAGCUAGCAAUUCACUUGCUGGCAAUUCUGUAGCUUUCAAUACGUUAGCUGGCAAUACAUUAGCUGGUAAUAUGCUAGCUAGCAAUACACUAGCGGGCAAUACACUAGCUGCCGGUGCUAUUGCUGCUACAGCAAACGCUGCAAAUAACAUUGCUGCUCAAAAUUCUAACCUUGGUGUUGAGUUAGCUUCAAAUGGUGUUCCCAUAUCGGAUAUAGCUGCAAGUGGUCUACCGUUAGCUGAGAUGACGCCGAUUGGUGUGGGCGACGUUGCUGUUGCUGGGGAAAUGCCUGUAGGAGGUUCCACUGCUGUAUCGGGCAAUGUUCCUGUCAUAGGCUUCGUUACCUUCGAAGGUUACCUACCAGCGGGUGGUAUGGUGACCGUUGCAAAUAGCGCUGCGUGUAAUGGCGAAGUGCCUGUUGUUUAAAAAGUAGUAAUUAUAUUUAUGAUUAUUUUAAGCAUUAUUUAUGUUGUGUCGAAAUAAAUGGUAUAAGUAAUA